AGUCGGUACACUUAAGUCCCGAUGACGAUUUUUCGUGGACUUAUUAAUGAAAAGUUGAGAACCUUUGCUUUGCCAUUGAAGUGCAAUGUUCCUCGACAGGAUAACCGCUUUCUGACCAACCAACCAACCAACCAAACAUAUGAACGUAUGCAAAUAUGUCUUAUAAGAGGGGACACGCGACAAUGAUUGACAAAACUAAAAUAGUAACAAGUAUACAUAUGUCUCUUGACAAUAACCAAUAACAAAGGCUAUGUAAUUGGAAAGGACGACUCGCUCGCGAAGGACGCAUGCAACAUGUGUGUACAAAUGCGGGUGUUGACGAGCUCAGCAGAAACUCGAGUAAGAACCUAAAGUGAGCGCGGCUAUAAAAACCAAUUGCAACUCAACGCAGGAUUUCAGUUGAGUUUUAGCGCGCCGCUUUUAAGGAUGACGGAUCUACGCAGCGUUGAUGACACGCUAGAGUCCCCGAGAUCAAGAAUCUGCCAUUUGUACAAUGACAUCAACUCAACACUAGCCCCAGCUAAUAUGUCACACAGUGUUUGCCAAGUAUGUGGCGAUCAGAGCUCGGGUAAGCAUUACGGAAUCCUUUGCUGUGAUGGCUGCUCGUGUUUCUUCAAGCGUAGUGUGCGCAAAGGUACCCUGUAUACGUGCAUCGCCGCAAAAGGCAAUUGUAUUGUGGAUAAGGCACGCCGCAAUUGGUGUCCAUAUUGUCGUUUGCAACGCUGCCUGGCCGUGGGCAUGAACGUAGCCGCCGUGCAAGAGGAGCGCGGACCGCGCACUCAAGCAGCUGCGGCCAAACAUGGCGCACCAAAUUCGAAAAGUUUAACGCUGACACGCUGUGCUUAUAUGCACCAUACGUAUCGUCCGCAUUAUGCAACGCUGCAGCAGAAACCACACGUUGCGGCGCUGACCGCCGGCAAUGCGGUGAAUUUCCAAAUACUUGCACAAAUCCUAGUCACUUGUCUGCGUCAGGCUAAAUGCAAUGAACAAUUUCGUACACUAACCCCCACGCAGCAGGAGGCUAUUUUGAAUGUCGUGUGGAAUGAGUGCUUUGUGUUGCGCGCCUCCCAUUGGUCGCUCGACAUAACGUCUAUGAUUGAUGCCUGCGGUGAUCCGCAAUUGCGGCGUGUCAUCGCUGAAGCGAAGCAGCUGCGCGCCGAUGUGAUGGAACUGAAUUUCCUUGAAACCUUAGUACUUUGCCGGAAAGAAUUGGCCCUGAGCGCGGAGAAUGCAACGCUGCUGGAGAGUCAUGCAAAUGGCGCUUUGGUUUCGCUUGCCCGAUAUACCAUGCAACAAACGAACUGGCUGCGUUUCGGCACGCUGCUGCUGGGUUUAAGGCAAUUGACCCAACGCUGCUACGACAGUCUGCUCUCAUCGCUUUUUCGCACAGUUGUCAGAGACAUUGUCAAGAACUUGUGAGUUUCAUUGUGUGUGAGUGUGAUUUUCAUGUUGUUUAGAGAGUUCGGAUUUAGUAAACAGAAAAUUCCUCACU